AUGUUUCAGGGGAACUACAUGGAGACGUGCAGUAGCUACCAGCACACAGAGGAAACCGGGCACGCCGCCAUGAUCGAGGAGGACGAGCAUGGCAAGAGCGGCUUCGACUGCGCAGAAAGGGUGGGCUUGGCAGCGGCUGCCACGGCUGAGACCAACACGCGGGAGGCUGAGACCAAGAAGCGGGAGGCUGCCGAGGAGGAUGCUUGCCGGGUGAAGCAGCGGCCGUAG